UGAUGUUAGGUUUCUUUGCUCGAUCAGCAUUUAUAAGAAAUCGUAAAUGUAUGCGCGCGCGUCCAAUGUCCGGUUCACCGACCAUCAUCGCGUCUCAAACCGUAUACGGAACCCAUAGACAUAAUUCGCUCCGUUGCCGUCCUACACCUUUUCUUCCUUUCAUUACUUUCGUGUAGACGUUAACAAUUCUGAAAAUACAAUGGACGUCUCCCUUUUGCUUCACCAUACGCAGUACGCGAUACCAAUUGGAUUAGUUCUAAUUUGUGCCAUUCUUGUCUUUGCUUUUGGUUUUAAGAAGGCCGAGCAACCACCGUUCGCUCAAUUGUCCGACGUGGACCGGAAACUUAACAACAAGAAGCGCGGCAAAACCAAAGAUAAGAAAGCUAGCAAUGGUCAUGUAGCAAGUGAAAAGGCCAGUCCACUUAAGAAAACUGUGACAUCAAAAACAGAAAUUUCGUCAAAGAAAUCUACAUCAAAGGCAGAUGAGAUAGAAACUAAAUCUAAAGAAAAGAAACAAGAGGAUAACAAAAUCUCUUCCAAAAAGGAAAAAAAUCUAAUUGAUGCAAAAGAUGCUAAAGAAAAUAAAAUUGAACAAACAAAGAAUAAGAAGAAUUUGAAAAAUUUAGUUCAAGAGAAACCAGUUGAUUUUGAUGAUGGUGAUUGGGAACAAGCAUACUCUAGAAAAGAUAAGAAAAAUAAGAAAAAAGAAGAAGAAAGCCCCUCAAAGAAAGGUAAAAAAGCAACAAAGAAGGCUGAUAUAAUUAAUGAAGCUGUUGCCAAACAAAAAGAACAAGAUAAAGGUGAAGUUAAAGAUAAAGUUGCUAAAGAAACAGAAAAUAAAGAAUUGAAGGAAAAGGAGAAAAAAGAAGUAAUACUUACUCCGAUUACUGCUGACAAGGCAAUAAAGGAGAAAGAAUCAGAAAAAGAAGAAGAACAAAAUAAGACUGAGAAAUCAGAGAAAGAAGAAAAGAAAAGUAGCAAAUCAAAAAAAAAUAAAAAAAAUUCUGAAAAAGAAAGUACGCAAGUAUCAAUAACAACCUCUGCAAUAGAAAUAGACACUAAACCUGUUGAAACUUCUGUACAAAAAAUAAAAGAUGAUAAAGAGAAAAAAAUUGAUAAUUUUGAUUCUAAAGGCGAGCCAAUACGGGAAAAAAUUAACUCUGCAUCAGACGAAACAGGAGAUGCAAAGUCACAGAAAAAGAAUAAAAAGAAGGCUCGGAAAGAUAAUUAAGGAAAGUUAAAAGUAAUGAUAAAGUUUUCCUACCAGAAGGAAAUAUAAAGUGAGAAACCUACUUGAUUCAAAAAAACAAAUAUGCGUUACUUUGAACAAGAUGGGUGCUUUUAAAGUGACUUACCAAUCAACCGCCUGACCAAAUCGUUCCUCAUCUUUGUAUAUAAUGCAAAUUGGAUUAAGUUCUGUAAGCGAAUAAUGUUACAUAUAGGAUUCAUGACAUCAGGUGCGUACAUAGCAUUCAUAAAAAGACUUCUUAUAUAUUCCCAAUAUAUUUCGACAUGUCCAUUGUAGCCACGCUGCCUUGCAUUUAA